AUGGGAGUGAAGGAGAUAGGAGAUGGAAAAUAUGGAAGAGUAAUAGCAGUAAGCCCCGAUCCAUUGAAGAUAACAUGCAAAAGAGGAAUUAAAAAAGACCAAAAAGAAGCACCAAAAGACAUAAAAGAAAAGCCCUUUAGAAAUAAGUCAAAAGUCAAACUGUUUAAAUGUGUUUCCAUGUGGAAGAAUCCAACUAGCCAGAUCAUUUCAUUGGAAUCCAGAAUUGCCCACGACAGAUUCAGAAGCAUCCAGCCAAAAAUAAACAUUAAGGACUUUGCAGAACUAAAGUCGUCUCUGGACAACGCGGAGCAUCUUUACUCUCAGGACUUUGCGAAAAGGAGCAUUAAGGAGCCAGAAGAAAUAAAGGAGUUAAGCAAGCCACAGGAACCGCUCUAA